GCUGGGAAACCGCGACGCUGUAGUCCCUACCCGUGCAACGCGCUUGAUCAUGGCCAAAUUCGUGAUUGCGGGUAAAGCAGACUGUCCAUAUUAUGCUAAAGCAGAGCUCCUGGCAGACUAUUUACAAAAGAAUCUACCUGAUUUUCAGAUAUUUAAAAUUACACAACAUCCUGAUGUUUGGGAGGAGUGGCUGAGAGAUGUGUGUGAGAAAAAUAAGUGGAGUCACCAAAAGUCCCCCAUCAUCUGGAGAGAGCUGCUGGACCGUGGAGGAAAGGGCUCACUCUUGGGCGGAUACAAUGAGUUCCUGGAGCAUGCGCAGCUGUACUAUGGUGUCACCUCUAGCAUGAGCACCGAGAUGAUGAUGGUCAUUGCUCAAGAGAACCUGGAGGUGCAUAGAGAAAGAGCACAGAGGAAAGAAUCCGUGGAAGAUCUCGUCAGCCCCUUACGAGUCUGGAUUACCAGCGCGUCCACUCUCACCAGCUGCAGUUUGAUUCCCUUCCUGCUAAGCGGAGACGUGUUUGGGAGACACACCGUGAUGAGCCUGACCCUGUUCAACCAGCAGCAGGCAGAAGAGAAUCUCCAGAGCCUGGCGAUGGAGGUGGAGGACCUGGCCUCGCCGCUGCUACGCAGCGUGGCCGUCUGCACCCGCAUGGAGGAGGCCUUCCUCCAGGCGCACGUGGUCAUCCUGCUGGACGACAGCACUGUGCAGGAGGUGCACAGCCUGGAAGACUGCCUGCGGCAGAGGGCGUCCCUGUACCAGCUCUACGGGCAGCUGCUGGAGAAGAACGCGCAUGACUCGGUGCGAGUGAUCGUGGGGGGAAAGACUUUCGUGAACCUGAGGACGGUGCUGCUGAAGAGGUUUGCUCCGAGCAUCGCGCACAACAUCAUCGCUGUGGCCCUCGCGGUGGAGGGAGAAGCCAAAGCCCUCUUAGCCAGAAAAUUGAAAACUGCUUCCUCCUGCAUCAAGAAUGUGAUUAUUUGGGGUAACAUCACUGGAAAUCACUACAUUGAUCUGAGGAAGGCAAGAGUUUACAAACAGGAGAGUGCCAUUUGGGGACCUCCUCAAUUUUCUCGUCCUAUUUUAGACUUGAUUUUCGAUAGUGAGUGGCUGAAAACUGAAUUUGUGGAAAGUGUUCAAACUUUAACCACCACAGGAAAACAUUUUGGCAGCAUAUUGGCUGCACACAGCAUCGGUACGACGCUUCAGUAUUGGUGCCAAGGUUCCCCACCUGGGGAGAUCGUGUCCUUAGGAGUGUUGAGUGAAGGCCAGUUUGGUAUUCCUGAAGGGAUUGUUUUCUCUAUGCCUGUGAAAUUUGAAAAUGGAACUUGGGUAGUUCUUACAGAUCUCAAAGAUACUGAAAUAAGUAAAGAAAUGAUGAUGGAAAUGACGAGUGAUCUAAUUCAGGAAAAACUUGUUGCACUUGGAGAGCUGCUGACUUUUCAGCCACACAAAUCAGAAAAUGAAGUACAAAAAAGAGAUGAAAACAUUUCAUCUAUCACUGAAGACCAGGAAGAACGCAAGCUUUCAAAUGAGCAUAAAGAUAGCAUACUUAUCAACUUAGAUGAAGUUAAUCAUACAAGACCCUGAAAGCAAAACUGCAAGACAUUGCCAGACGCAGUUAGAUCAGACGUAAAGUAAUUUGGCUUUGUAAUAAAUGCAGAAAGAUCUACAAAUGAUCGCAUUUAGAGAAGAUUAACUUUGAAGGUUUAUUGCAGCCUCGGAUAGUAUGCUAAGCAAUUAAAUAUUUUUGUGACAGCACUAAAAGUCAGAGUUCAAUUAUUUUGUGUCACCUAUGUUCACUCCUGUGUUUCUUACAUUAUUUUCUCAGAAAUA